AUGUCGGAUCAACUCAGCAAGACCAAUAGUCAAACGCCGCUUAUGAAGCAAGACACUUCCGAGUCCAAGCCAACACCCACGCCGAAGAAGAAAUCACUCUAUCAACGCAUGCAAGACAGAAACCGAGUCGAGAUUUCGGAGGAGGAACUGCAAAAGUAUACGGGAAUGAACAGGGCGGAUCUGCAGGAUUGGGCCAAGGACCGCCCAGGGGAAUUAUGUGAUGUUAACAAGUUUUACUGGGACGAGUUUAAGGAUAUAGUAAAUGAGCUGCAUUUCCUGAAGAUUGUCGACUCAAGGGAAUGA